UAAUCUGCCACUUCCCAGACACCGUUCAGGUGCAUCCCGUGCCUGUCGUAGCACGGUAGGUAACCUAAGCCUUCCUCCUGAUAGAAAUUCGACGCACCAAUAAAAAAGGGCCGUCAUAAGUCACAUUUCCCGUCUCAACAUUGUGAAUUUGCCAACGCGAGAACUCAUUCACUCACUUUUACUUACACGACCAACCGAAGCACAGCUCGCACAUUCACGCACUCACGCACUUAGUCAAUCCCCUGUCAAACAUUAGUAGUAUCUUUAUAAUGCAUCAACGGCAGGCUCGAUUUUUUUGGUUGUAUAGCUCUAGUCUCUCCCAAUUUUUCCCGCUUUAGAAAGAGAUAACUACCAUAAUAUAUCAUCAUCUAUAGUUGGUAGACUUGAGACUACUUGGAUAGUCAUUUCUCAUUUUUACGGCUGGAAAGACAUUUUUGUAUCCCAGUAUAUAAUUAUUAUGGACGGUCCAGGGAAGAAGUUGCUGGACGAGCUUCGGUCUCUCUUGGAUGAGACAACUAUUCUGUCCAUCCUUAGUGACUAUAACUUGGAGGAUCCCAAGCAAUUCGCUGAUGCGCGACAAGUCCUCCUGACUAUUUCCAAGGAUGUAGAAGCAGAAGAAGCCACUGGUUUCAAUCCGAGCGGUCUAGGAGCAGAUGAUAUUGUAGACAUCAAUCCUUCCAGCCAGGAUGAGGACCUAGACGCUACUGGUGCAACCAGUAGCGAUGUCAAGAGCACUGGCGGCUUCACUGCCACAACAGAGAGUUCCAUACCUCUCAGUAUCAUAUCUUCAGAGUCAUCGAAAAUGUCGACUCCCGGGACCCCGGUAGAUUUCCAUGCGAGAAUCUUCAACGGCCUUACGGAUGAUGAGAAGGAAGGACGACUUAUUCAGAUGUUCAUCUUACUUAAACCCAUAGAUGUAAAGCUGUCCCUGCAGAAGGCAAAGGGCGAUGCGAGUCUCGCUAUUGACGAACUCCUUAACCUACAAUUGCUUGAGCAAACAGGUCAACGUCCUAAAGGGAUUGAUGGCUUCUACGUAUCUGACGACGAUGUCCCGAGUAAGAAGAAGAAGGGCAAGAAAAAGAAGAAAGCGGCGAAGGUGGCGUUGCCAAAACAUGCGGACCCGGAAGAUACACUUCAGGAUGCAAGCAAUGGCGACGCUGCACAGAGUGAGGAUCGUGUCGCGCUCAUAUCCGAUAAACUUCAACUGCCGCAUUCAGAGGUGGCGAGCAUUUACCGGCAACAUAAUGCCUCCCUUGGAGCUACCGUGGUCAAGAUUUUGGACAACUACAUCGCCGCGGUCAUGCCGGUAUCAAAUCUUGAUUUGGCGUCCCCCGUUGAGCAAAAGAAGAAGCAGUUCCCUUGGGUGCCCCCAGAGUACGUGGAAGCGACUUGCGAUAUUUGCUCAACCCCAGGUGACGCUACAGAUAUCAUCCGUAUAUUAGGGGAUCACUUCGAGAAACCGGCUUACUUGAAAUACGACAUAUCAUACAGUGUGGUGGCAUCACACCCCGAGGAAAUUGUGAUGCCAGAACCCAUCAAUGCUUCAAAUCUAAGGCAAUCGCCAAGGUCUCCUACGGCUAUCCGUUCGCAGACAGUUGAGCUGCCUAUACGAGCUUCAACCCGUCCAGGGAAUCUCAAGGAUGCUACCUCAAAGACCCUGGCCGAGUCGAGAAACCAUUCAUUCUCGUCAGCGACAGCAGCUUUUAAGAAAGGCAGAUCCAACCCUCUAUACAGACAGGCCGGCGCGUACUACGCCGAACGCGGCCGCCAGCAAGCCAUGAGCUAUCGUCAAGCUAACAGCGUCGAGGCGAAUUACCUCGUCGACCAGCAGAGCAGGGAAGAUAUGAUCGACCUCCAUGGCGUCACGGUGCAGGACGGCGUAGAGAUUGCCCUCGACCGCGUAUCGAGAUGGUGGCAGGGCCUCGGCGAGGAGCGGGCGCGGAAAGCGAAGACGCACGGGCUCACCGUGGUUACGGGCAUUGGUAGACACUCUUCCGACGGAAGGUCGCCGUUGCGCGCCAGCGUAAUCAAGGCGCUUGUUGCUGAUGGAUGGAAGGUUGAGAUACAGACUGGGUCGUGCCUCAUCACGGGAAGGCAAUAGGGAUGACAAAGUGCAAGUCACUUCCUGAUGAGAUGAUGCUCCGUUCUACCGAAGUGGCUUCUUUGGUACCUAACAUAAAGACACGCAUCAGCUUUUUGGCUCACUACCUAGAGCAAAGGUUAUAUUACGCUACGGAGCAUUGGCGGCGUUUCAAGGUCGGGGAUCACAUGGAUAUGGAUGAUCAAUUGGCUGUCGCAAUAGAUGGGAGAAGACAACUUUUUCAAUAAUUUCAUCUGAAGUUAUUUUUAUUACUAGGUUAGACUACCUCUUAGGAGCUUGCCUGUUUUCAUCGCUUGGAUGGUUUUAUUUAUGUGAAUACGAAUGAGACGUGAUACAAGUCCAGCUACGUAGAUAGGGGCAAUGUCUUGUUUUGGUGAAGAAUGGUAACAGACAGCGCAGGGGCCUUGUCAGAUAGAUCCACGGUGACACAAAGAUUUAUGUGCAUCAUCUCGUAACAUAAGGCUAUGUCGGGAAUCAAUUAUCGAUUGAGCUUGUUUCCAAUUUAAUUAGACACACUUCUAAGAUAGUAGACUGAGUUUAUGUCAUCGUUUAUGUUAUAAGGUUAGGUACUUUUCAUCUUUCUCAACUUCUAGCUUCUAACUUCUACUUGUGAU